GCACAGCAGGUGCUCAUGGAUGCGACUCUCUCAGCACAGGAAGUCCUGGAGAACCUCAAAGACCGCUGGUAUCAGGCAGACAAUCCUCCUGCUGACCUGCUGCUGACCGAGGAGGAGUUCCUGUCAUUCCUGCACCCUGAGCACAGCCGGGGCAUGCUCAAGUUCAUGGUCAAGGAGAUCAUCCGGGACCUGGACCAGGAUGGAGAUAAACAGCUCUCCCUGCCCGAGUUCAUCUCCUUGCCUGUGGGCACCGUUGAGAACCAACAGGGCCAGGACAUCGAUGACAACUGGGUGAAAGACAGGAAAAAAGAAUUUGAAGAACUGAUUGAUUCCAACCACGAUAGUAUUGUGACCAUGGAGGAGCUGGAGGUGAGUGUGCCCUGUGGGUGGCCCGGGGAGGCUGGGCGUGCCCUGUGGACAGCCCUGAGGUUUUGCACUGAGCCAGCAGCAGUGGUCCCCAGAGAACGGGGGCUGUCUGCGAGGAGGCCUGAUCCAGAAGUGCCCAGUCUGCUGAGGUCUGGCCGAAGCGAUCACUGUGUGUCAGUGGCUCAGGCCACUGUGGGGUCUCCAGCGCUUACAUCAGAGUCCGGAAGGCUCUACCCGGCCUCUGCUGAUUGGCUCUAGGUAGCAGCUCCCAGGCUACUCCC